UGUUCUUCUCCCUUACUACUAAAAACUCUAACAAAAAUGGUUAUUUCCAGUACAUAUUCAAAGGUUUUCUUCGCCUUCUCCGUAUGUCUAUUUGCCUGUUCCGCAUUUGCUCGAGAUUUCUCCAUCGUGGGGUAUUCACCGGAGGAUUUGACGUCCAUGGAUAAGCUCAUUGAGCUCUUUGAAUCGUGGAUGUCAAAACACAGCAAAAGCUACGAGAGUAUAGAGGAAAAGUUGCAUAGAUUUGAUAUUUUUAAGGAUAAUCUGGAACACAUCGAUGAGACGAACAAAAAGGUUAGUAACUAUUGGCUUGGAUUGAACGAGUUUGCAGAUUUAAGCCAUGAAGAGUUCAAACAGAUGCAUCUGGGACUCAUCAAGCCUGAGUUGCCUAAGAAGAGGCAAUCCCCACAAGAAUUUAGUUACAGAGAUGUCGUGGAUUUGCCCAAGUCUGUGGAUUGGAGGAAGAAAGGUGCUGUCACUCAUGUCAAGAACCAAGGCUCCUGUGGCAAUUGCUGGGCCUUUUCAACCGUAGCAGCAGUAGAGGGCAUAAACCAACUUGUUACAGGAAAUUUGACUUCUCUGUCUGAGCAAGAGCUAAUUGAUUGUGACAAAACCUACAAUAAUGGCUGCAAUGGGGGCCUCAUGGAUUAUGCAUUUGCCUACAUUGUCUCUAAUGGUGGAAUUCAUAACGAAGCAGACUACCCUUACCUCAUGAAAGAUGGCACUUGUGAGAUGAAAAAGGCACAAUUGGACGUAGUGACCAUCAGUGGCUACCAUGACGUACCCGAGAACGAUGAAGAAAGCCUCUUGAAGGCACUUGCGAACCAGCCCCUGAGUGUGGCUAUUGAGGCUUCUGGCAGAGCCUUCCAAUUCUACAGUGGUGGAAUCUUUGAUGGCCGUUGUGGGACAGAGCUAGAUCACGGUGUAGCAGCCGUUGGAUAUGGGACAUCAAAGGGUUUGGAUUACAUCCUUGUGAAGAAUUCUUGGGGACCAAAAUGGGGAGAGAAAGGUUACAUAAGGAUGAAGAGAAACAAUGGGAAGCCUGAAGGGCAAUGUGGAAUCUACAAAAUGGCUUCUUAUCCUACCAAAAAGAAAUAGAAGGAAGGGAUAUAUAUAAUAUAUAUAUAACGAAAGAAAUAUUGGUUCUAUUUUAGAAUAAUGAAACGCCUUGUGCUUUUAAUUUGCUU